UGCUCAUUCAGCUAAUUUGGCAGGAAGUCUACAAAUUGUGUCACUUCCUGUGUGAUCUACAUCAUUCAGUCAUGGGGACUCAACUCUACCUAUGUGUGAUAGUCCUGGCUCUUCUUGCAACAACUGUUGUUAACGCAGAAAUCAAAGUUACCUGUGAAAAAGGCUCCAUAAGCAUCACAUGGACGAUCCCCCCGAAGGUGGUGCCAUAUGCAGCUCGUCUUUUCCUCGGAAACUGCAUGCCAUCUCGGUUUAAUGUUCUGCCCAGCGGAGAGGGGAAAGCUGAGUUCAACUACCAACUACAUGACUGCAAGUUUAAAAGACUGAUGAAAGGGAAACAUCUCCUCUUCACAAAUGAACUAACUUUCAGGCCACGACCAAAGUCGAGUCCUGCAGCUUAUUUGUAUCCGAUCGAGUGUGUUUAUCCAAGGCCUGAGGGGUGGGUCCCUCCUUUCCUGAACCCGGGGUCAGGUGUUACCGAAGGUCGAGGAGGGCUGAAGUUCAACAUGCUGCUCCUAAAUGAAAAAUUAACAGCAGCGGCGGCUACAAAUGUCAUCCCUUUGGGCUCGUUCAUGCCAAUAUGGGCAGCAGUGGAGCAGAAGUCCCAUCAGCCAUUGCUGCUGCUCAUGGAGGAAUGUGUGGCAGCGACUUUACCUGAGCUGCAGGCUAACAGCAAUGUGUACCCAAUCAUUAGCAACAAGGGGUGUCUCUUGGACAGUGUGAAGGGAAACUCUAUGUUUCUCCCUCGGUACCACUCGUCUGCAAUCAUCCUCAACAUGCAAUCCUUCAAGUUUGGUCUCGGAGAGGAGAUGUACAUUCACUGCAAACUGGUCGCAUGGGAUCCUGAACUUCUGGAUGAGAGCAAGAAAGCCUGCCACUAUAUAAAGAAAAAUGAGAGAUGGGAACUCCUGGAUGACCCCCUGCAGAGCUCCAUGUGUGACUGCUGCUCUAAUACCUGCAACACCCGCUCCAAGAGAGGAGUCGAAUGGGAAUCCCAUGGCUUCAGGCACACUUCUGUGUUGGGACCCCUGAUCAUAAUAGAUCCAUCUCAACAAUAUGCCCACAAUGCAUCAGAUGUUUCCAUUGCUGCCUAAGGUUUAAUAAUGAGAAGUCCAGUAUAAGCUUGGAGACUGCAGUAGGGCACAGAAGCGGAUGACAUCCAUAUGCAUAUGAACAUUCUAAAAUCUCUGUAUCAAUAAAACUGUUACAAACUCA